GCAACUUCCCCACGGAAAGCUUCCCCAGAAACCCACUGUGUGAAGUUCUUCUUUUUCCUUUCAUCUCACAAUUUGCUGCAGAAACCUUCGAAGCUGCAGGUAUGAAACUCUCCAUCUCACAGUUCUUUCUCUUGUCAUCCAUAUUUGAAACAAGAAUCCAAAGUUAGAGAGAAAGGAAGAAGAGGGAAGAGGUGUUUAACAAUGGCUGCCACUUCUAGCCUGCACAUAGCAAUGUACCCUUGGUUUGCUUUUGGCCACUUAGUUCCAUAUCUCCAUAUUGCCAACAAAUUAGCCAAAAAAGGCCACAAAAUCUCCUUCUUCGUCCCAUCAAAAACUCACCUCAAAUUACAGCCUUUCAAUCACUUUCCUCAUCUCAUUACCUUCGUCCCCAUCACUGUUCCUCAUGUGGAUGGUCUCCCUGAAGCUGCUGAAACUACUGCCGAUGUUUCUCACCCUUCACGGUUCAGUCAUAUCAUGACUGCAAUGGAUCUCACCCAACCACAAAUCAAACGCCUCCUCCAAGACUUACAACCCCAUUUCAUCUUCUUUGAUUUCACCUUCUGGAUGCCCAAAUUGGCAUCUCAAUUGGGCAUCACCUCACUUUAUUACAGUGUCAUUAGUGCUACAACAUUUGGUUAUAUUUAUACCCCAUCAAGGCAACUCUGUGGACAUGAUUUAACCGAGGCUGAUUUCAUGCAGCCACCUCCUAAGUACCCAAUUUCCACAAUCAAGCUUCAUGCUCACGAGGCCAAAAAUGUUGCAUCCAUGGGCCGUAUGAGCUUUGGCAGUGAUGUCCUUUUCUCUCAUCGCCACUUCACUGGUCUUUGUGAGGCUGAUGCUAUAGCAUUCAAGUCAUGUAGGGAGAUUGAAGGGCCCAGCGUGGACUACCUCAUAAGUGAAUUAAAAAAGCCUGUUCUGCUAUCAGGACCCGAUGGGGACAUACAGCAACCAACAACAGCUUUAGAACAUAGAUGGGCAGAAUGGCUAUCAGGAUUCGAUGCUGGUUCAGUCAUAUACUGUGCAUUUGGAAGUGAGUGUUACUUAACAAAAGACCGACUCCAUGAAUUGGUAUUGGGUUUUGAGCUUUCAAACUUACCAUUCUUUGCUGCACUCAAACCUCCGCUUGGCGUAGAGUCGGUCGGUGCUGCCUUGCCUGAAGGAUUUGAACAGAGAGUUCAGGGGAGAGGGGUGGUAUAUGGAGGAUGGGUUCAACAACAGCUUAUUUUGGAGCACCCAUCAAUUGGAUGCUUUGUUACACAUUGUGGGGCAGGGUCCUUAUCUGAGGCAUUGGUGAAGAAAUGCCAGUUAGUAUUGUUGCCUCAUGUUGGCGACCACAUUUUUCGAGCAAGAACAAUGAGCAGCCAUUUGAAGGUUGGUGUGGAGGUGGAGAAAAGGGAAGAAGAUGGAUUUUUUACAAAAGAAAGUGUGUGUAAGGCAGUGAAGACCGUGAUGGACGAAGAGAAUGAAACUGGUAAAGCGAUCAGAGAAAACCGUGAGAAGUUGAGAGAGUUAUUCCUUGACAAAGAACUGGAGGAGUCUUAUAUCAACAAUUUCAUCCAUGAUCUCCAAGUUUUAAUUGCAUAAGCCUUCAUUAGCAA